AUGACAAACCGUCAGACGGUAGUUCAGGUCAUUGAAAGAGCUGAUCACCGUAUCUCAAAAUUGACGUCUCGCCUCCUUCAUGUUUCGAGACACGAAGUAGACGUUAUUCGUACUGCAAAGCGCCCUUCCACUGUUGGUGAUCAAUCAACAAGCGAUCCCAUAAACUCUGCAAAGUCUGCUACCAGCAUCGUCCCACGUAGACCUGAUGUACAACAUGCAGUCCUCUCAUCCAGAUCGAAUGCGUCAUUGCUCAAACAUGAACGGCAGCUUCGGUACCGUCAAGACGAGACAUCUGAUGACAUCUCCUGGGUAAGACUCAGUCUGUCUCCUUAUCGCGAGCUAGAUCGGUUCUCAAAACAUAGAGCGACCCACGUCUACCAAUUUGGAUGGGCAUCUUGGGACGGAAAGCUUUGGAGCAACGGCACUCCGUAUCUGCCGUAUGUGACACUGGCGGCUCAAAUCUACCACCAACAGAUAAUGCUACAUGUAUUACAAACGAGGAAAGGAAGCAAAAAGACUUGCGAGAAACUACAACGAUACAAGCUCGUCUACCAUGCAUCGCGCGCUCAUGCGUUACAAAGUAUCAUGCCUUUCUGGGAGCUGUAUUCAGAAGCGGUCAUGACCAAUCAUCUACUCAGAGGAACCAUCGUCCUACAACAUCAUCGACCAUCGCUAGCACCACACAUAUCGAGUCUGCAGGCUGUACUUACCAACAGCAUUCAACUGCUGUUCACAUUGCGCCAUGACAUCGAAGCCGUUCGAGGUCUACGCCUACUACCAUCUCCAUCUUCCCACGGCCAACGUUACUAUGAUUACAAAAUUGCAUCGUAUUUCACGAUGUUCGAGUACCAGCAGCACCUGGAACAAGGACGACACCGUUUGAAAGAGAUCCGCUCGCAGGUCAAAGCCUCAUCGCCACUCCUCAGAUUACGAUGGACUGACGAUGAUCUGAACUUGCUAUACUUCAACACCACACAAGAACAAGUCGACUACAUGGCGUCCCACAACCCCCACAACCAGGAACUAUCGCGGCUCGACUCUCUGCCAUGCAUGUGGCCCGCAUACACCAUCUGGACUCGGCUCAAGAACCUCUGUCGAGACGCCUACAACACCAUGGCGAAGGUCACGGAUCUGAUCGGCGCAGGCAUGCACUUAACCCUCAGAUCCAUGCCGCCCCAUGCACGACCUGUUCGAGUGCGGUUCUUCAACGGGUGCAGGGUGUAUGGGAUGAGGAUGAUGAUACUGCGGACAGAGUUGAAGGAACUGAACGAGCAUUUCUACGACUUCAGCUUGUUAAAAUGUACGAACACGACUGUGAGCGUUUCGCUGGCAUUGAUCGCUAAGAGCAAGGAUGUUCAUGAGGCUUUUCAUAAUAUCAUGGAUAGGAAUCGCGCUCAGCGGAUGGGGAGGAGAAGCUCCAUAGCGAGGAAAAUGACACGCGCGUUCAAGGAGAAAGGUGCAAUGGGAAAACCGUUCAUUCAGCCUCCUGGAAGAGGGCUUGCUGUUGGGAAGAUAUACCGUUCCGUCGGUUCGACCAAUGUGUAUAGAGCUCGGCAUGCAGGCUCCAAUGACUAG